CUGAUCCUUCCUGAAACAUGCUCACAGUGGGAUAGUUUAGGUGUAGCUACUGACUAUAGAAUGUUUUAUUACUUUACUUGUUAAAUAACUCUUCACAAAACUCAAAGUGCAACAACAUUAAGAAAAUAUCAAGCUCUACCACAUCAGCUCAUCCAUUCUGGCUGUUUCUCCACAUGGAGGUGAAACAAAGCUCCCUGCAGAAGUGAGGUUGUUCAUUACCUAAUUAGCAGGCCUCACUUGCAGGUGUGACUGCUCAGUAUAAUCUGCUGCAGGUUGCCCAAGCGUUGGCUCAUAAAAAUCCUUAAUUACACAGCAAUCUUCAAAGAGGUAAAUUACAAGGAUCUCAGACUUCACUAGUAAGUUGGUUGACUUUUCUCCAUAGCAAGUGUGAAGUGUGUCUUAUUUAGUCAUUGUUUAAGUGCAGUUUAAGUGCAGAAAAAAUGGGGAAACUAGACCCAAAGCUCCAGAAGCAAGGAUUUCAAACCACGUGGUUCCAGACCUGAUUCAGUAAUGUGGCCUGAACACACCCAAAGAGUUGUUGUCAAAGAAGGAAUGAAAUGCGUCCCUAUGGCCUGCGGCAGAGUAUUCGAUGUCCUAAGAAAUAUGGGGAGACUAUUAAAGAGAGGAAACCAAUGCUGGCCACAAAUUAUGAUUUGGACAUUGUGUGUGGGCAGAGUGAAGUAGACUCCCAUAAACCACUACAUGACAGGUAUUUAAGGAACGCUGCCAUUGUUCCAGAUCUCAACCUGCCCCACAGCGACAGAGUCCUAGCUGCUGAAGAGAGGGCCUCCAGCAGUGUGUCAAGUAGCCAGCCAGGACUUCUGAUGAUCCACGGCUUCACAGUACCAGAGUACCAGCAGACAUAUCACUCAGUGGUGGAUCCGCUGCUCUUCAGGCCGUGUGGGAAGCUCGCAGCCUACAGUUUGGAGCUGGGCCGUAACAUUAAGGAGCAUCUGUUUAAAGAGCUGGCCUACCCAACGCUUCAGAUUUCAGAGCAGCCAAAUGGAAAGGUGGAGGUCAUGGAGAGAUUUUGUGUACUCCGCCCUACACCCUUCAUACAUAUAGACAUUAAAGGGGAACCACAGUAAUGUGCUCCCAGUGACUUUCUAUAACACGAGUGUGCUAUUUUAUUUAUGUCUCUUGACACUUUAUUUAGACAAUUUCUGUUUUCCUUGACAUGUAAUGUAGCAGCUGAAUUUAUAUUACAAAUGUUUCUCGGAAAAAAGACAUCAAAUGUUGACAUCUACAAUAAAACUCAUCUUUUUAAACAGUUUAAAAAGAUGCAAAGCCUAUGAAGCCAAAAUCUGUGAAUUUAAGGGAUUGAAUCUGCCUUUUAGUGCUCAGUAUAUCAAAUGAUUUGUUUGUGCUCUAUGUCUGGGAUCAUCACAUGUUCAACAGCACAUGUGUGGCUGCAACCAAGGCACAGCCUAUUUCUCCUUUCUAACAUUUUAUCAUAAAAAAUCAAUAUUAAAAACAAGACAAGACAGUGUAAGCCUCUUCUUUUACUCAGCACUAUUAUCACCAAUAAAUGUGACAUCUUUAAAAUGUUCACUUUUAUAGGCCUUGUCUAUGUUUUUGAUUUGAUCUGAGAUAAAUUAAUUAAUUUAACUUUUUUCCCAUCUCCAUUUUGUAUGCUUUUCAAGUGAUAAUGUAAACUAUAAAUUACACACACAUCCCAUCAUGGCUAUCUUCCUGAAAGCUAGUACAUUCCUAGACAGCAUUGUAUGUGG